AUGAGCCGCCGCAGAGCUGCUGAGGAGUGCCUGUCAGCCCGCAGAAUGCCACCCCUCUGCCUGCUGCUGCUGCUGCUGCCGCCGCUGCUCCCAGGGGCCGCCGCUGCCCGGCCCCCGGAGGGCGGCCUCGCUGGCCAGGACAGCCACCACGGGCAUCUGCAGGAAGUGGCAGCAAUCAAGAAGAAUGGCCUGCUGACUUUCCUAGCGUGGUGGUACGAGUGGACCUCCCAGGCCAGCGCAGCACCCUUCAUAGGCGGGGGAGCCCGGGAGGUGUCCAAACGGCAGGAAGGCCCGCCCCCUCAGCAAUCCACGCGCCCAGAUAAAGUGCCCUGCAAGAAUUUCUUCUGGAAGACCUUCUCCUCCUGCAAGUAA